AGAACAUCAGCUUUCCAGACCAGAUGUGGUAUCUCAGUUAGAGGAGGCAGAAAGGCUGUGUUCCACAGAAAGAGGAAUUCAAGUCUCCUUUUCAGAAGCUCCUGAAGCUCCAUUGGACUCUGAGUCUGAUCUGCUUCAGGCUGAGAAUCCUCUGAUGAAAAUCAAGCUCGUUGAAGUCCUCACGUUGAAUGAGGAGGUGGCUCGUACCCGGAAUGCUCAGAUACAAGCCCUCUAUGCCGAACAGGAGGAUGUUAGCCCCAAACUCAGGGACCCUAGUCAGCAGCAGGGCCAGUGUUCAGUGGACGCCAUGGCCGCUCGCCAGAGGUUCCGUAGGUUCUGCUUUGAAGAGGCUGCAGGACCACAGGAUGCUCUGAUCCAGCUGCAAGAGCUCUGCCACCAGUGGCUGCAGCCUGAGAUCCACUCUAAAGAGCAGAUUCUAGAACAACUGGUGCUGGAGCAGUUCCUGGCGGUGUUGCCUGAGAAGCUCCGCAUGUGGGUGGAAUCACAGCACCCUGAGAGCUGCCAAGCAGCUGUGGCCCUGGCGGAGGAUGUGAACUGGGUUUCCGAGGAUGAAGCUUUGUCCACCCAUGGAUCCAGCAACUCUCUGGAUAUGACCACUCUGCUAGCGAAGGAGGAAAACAUGGCUGCCAGUCUAGAGAAAGCACUGCCUGAGGAUCCUGUUACCUUCCUUGACGUGGCCGUGGACUUCAGCAGGGAGGAAUGGGGGCUGUUGGACCUUACCCAGAGAACUGAGUACCACGAUGUGAUGCUGGAGACCUUUGGGCACCUAGUUUCUGUAGGAUGGGAGACUACACAGGAAAAUAAACAAUUAGUUCCAGAAUCUGGCAAUCCUGAACAGGAGUCUGGCAGUCCUGAACAGGAGUCUGGCAGCCCUGAACAGGAGUCUGGCAAUCCUAAGCAGAAACCAGUCCCUGAUUUGGAAAUGGAAGCAGUCUCAAGAGAGAAGGUCAGGCCCUCCACCUCCAGAGACUGCCAAAAAGGUGGGACUCCCAAAGUCACCUUAAUUGCACUUAGAAAGGCAAAGCCUACUCAGGAAAAGACCCUUCCUCAGAAGCACUGUCAGAGCCUCAGGUCACAGGCCAAAACUGCUUCUGAUAAAAGCCAUGUUUCGCUCCCACAAAAUCCUCCUAAGAAACACUUGCGCAAGCGCAUUUCACCGGUUAGCAAUGUGACACAGACUUCGGUCGUCAAAAUUCAGCCAAAGAGCUACAGAGGAGAGAAGACCAGCGAAAGCAGCAGCAAAGUCUGGAGCGCUCACCAGAUCACCUUCACCAGGGUUCGUAAAGGAAGCCAAGGGUGCCGAUGCAGUGCCUGUGGAAAAGUAUUCCGGAACCCGCGAUACUUUUCCGUACAUAAGAAAAUCCACACCGGAGAGAAGCCUUAUGUGUGUCAGAAUUGUGGGAAAGGCUUUGUCCAGAGCUCCUCACUCACACAGCAUAUCAGAACUCACACUGGAGAGAGGCCGUUCAAAUGUCAGGAGUGUGGCAGGUCUUUCAACGAUCGCUCAGCUAUCUCUCAGCACUUGAGGACCCACACCGGGGCCAAGCCUUACGUGUGCCAGUACUGUGGGAAAGCCUUCCGCCAGAGCUCCCAUCUCAUCAGGCACAUGCGCACGCACACAGGAGAGCGCCCGUACAAGUGUACCAGGUGCGGAAGGGCCUUCACUCAGAGCACACACCUCACCGAGCACCAGAAAACGCAUAGCAGGGCCAAGUUCAAGAAGAAAGCAACUGCCUGAUAGUCC